GUCUGGGUUGAGGCCUGCCAGGUCCUGGAGAGCUGGUGGCGUUGGGGGGCUCGCCUUGAGCAUCAGGCACUCGGGGCCAAACGCAAAGCAGCGCGUCGGCUUCUAGGUCUCCCAACAGCAAAUCGAGGUAUUUUCUGUUUAAUCUGAGCGUACAAAGUACCUUCUUUUUUCUCAGUGUAGACUGCCUGAUCGCUGAAGUUCUUCCUCCAGAUUCCCCGGAGUGCCUUCACCUGGGUGCUUGCUCCUGUUUGUUGGAGUGCGACGUGCCUCCCCAAAACAAGUCGGUCUGUCUCUCCUUGGGUUAUUUUUGUUUUUCUUGUUCGGUUUGGGGGGUUGUUUGUUUGUUGUUUGUUUGUUUGUUUUUUAAACUGUUCUAGCCAGUAAACUGUGUUUGUCUGUGGUGACCUCCCACAGGAGGAGUAAGAAUUCCCUCAUUGACCAUCAUUUUCCCCCCAGCCAGGAGCAAUUUCUCUAAUUGGUGGAGGAAGCCCUAAACUAUUUAUUUCUCUCUUUCUGUGCAAGUGAUCCAAUGUUCCGACUUGUAUAAAAGGCGACAUCCUCUUCUAGAUGGAUGAAGUGGGGGGAGAGUCUUGGGCCUCUCAAAGAACACCGAGAUACAUCGGAAUUAGGUGGUCGGAGUUGUCGCUGCGGCUGUUUUGGGCACAGUCUUCUAGCAAAGGCUGGGAAUUUGGGCGCUUGCCUGCCUGCAGCAAUUUUGUGCUGGCUGCUCUGUGAGGCUUUUGGAUUUUGCUUUUUGUGAUUUGCCUGUUUGGAGACGCUGGAUUCUGUCCUGGGGCUGGAGACGCCUACGUUCCUUGGGUAUGGAACACAGGCCUUUUCGUAUCACCCAGCUCCGCCGGACAAAACGGGAACUGAGCCUUUAAUUUUAAUUUCACUUAAGCAAGAGGGAAAGGAUGUUGAUUUAAAGCAAAGGAAGUGGCAACACGAGUACUUAUUUAGCAGCUGUCUGUAUGUUUUCAUUAAGCGUGUGAUCCCUUUAACCAACAAAAAGCAGUAAGUGGUUUUUAACUUCGAUACAGGCAAUAGUUAAAGCACUUGUCAGGAACGGCAAUUAUUCUGGAGGUGCUGGUCCUUGUCGGCACCCAAGGUGGGUGCCUAAAACUUGGUGCUUUUGGUACCCUGUAAGCAAUUGGUUCCUUAUCAGGCUGAGUGUUUAUUCAUUACUUGUAUACAAAUGCCUUAUGCAUAAACUUAAUGCUGCAUUUUUAGUUUUUGAAUAUUGCCAAAUUGCAAAUUUUACUUAACUUUACGCGUUCAACUUCAGACCAAUGCAUGCUCAAGUUCAGCAUUCUCUGUUUAACGUCCGAUUGGCGAUCCAAGGUCUGUGAUCUCCAUUCUGUUGGCCAUUUGGGCAAGUAACAAUAGGGUUUUGGUAAUCAAAGUUGGACUUGGUUGGAUGUAAAAAGUUGAUUCUUCCCACAAAUUCCUGCAUCUUACGAAUAGUUCUGAAAAUGCACAGUGAUUAUAAAAACCAAUUUUGAUUUAAGAAAAAUGCUUUCUAGGUAUUUUUAGUAUAUCAAAGUAGUUUUGUUCGGAUUUGGAGUUUGCACUUCUGUGUGAUACUCUAUCUCAAAAAGAAAUUUAAAGUUUCUUGUUUAAUCACUAAUAAACCAGGAUUACAGAACGUCAUGGAGAUUUUUUGUUAGGUGGUUUUUUGUUUGCUUUUUUGUUUUGUUUUUUUUUUUUUAAUAGUAACAGGUCUGCUUUAAUUAGAAAGGCUCUAAUACAGAUUAAGGCAUUAGGCAAACUGGAAUCCUUCCAUCUCUCAGUGAAAUUAUGAGAGUGCUGGGAGAACCAUUUAGAUAAUCAAAAUUACAGAAUGUUUCACUAAGGCAUGCACAGUCGGUCAUAGUAGGAUAAAUGCUCAAGCCCCAAAAUCAUGACCUUUUGAGACCCAGCAGAUGAUUUUCUUUCCCAGAAUUGUCUAUGAUCUAGGUAGCAGAUCCUGCACAUCUUCAGCUGAACAGACGUGGUGAGGCUGAUGACGGGAAUAAAGGUUGGAAAGAUGAGGACCUACACAAGCGAUCCACAAACGAAAGGUACCAGGGCUGUGUUACAAAAUAUAGAAUUAAAUUAAUUUCUCCUUUACUGACAGUUAAGACUAAAACGACCAGGUAUUCUGUGCAGCACCAGUCAAAGCAGUGAUGUACGUGGACACAGCCCGGGGAAGAGCUGAAAUAAACCCUAAGGAACAAAAAGUAGGAAGACGAGAUUUGCUUUUUUUAUGAUUAAUUUCUUGGGGAAAAAAAAGUAAUGAUAGCAGUAGUGCCCCCUUCAUCUGUGAGACAAACCAGCCACAUGAGAAGUGGAUGAAGAAAAAUCAUUCAAUAUACUUUCUGCCCAACAUGAUAAAAUAUUAAUGGAUAAAAAGGAUUGGGUUUUCUGCUUAAUGAAGAAUUCCAGUUUUCAAAUCUCACUUGAUUGUGUAAAGCCAAAAGGGUUUUCUGCUGAGUAGCCCAAAUUUUACAAUUUUACUAUGGCCGUUUAGUCAACGAGGUUUUUAAUUCAGAUCCGUUGUGUUCUGGGGAAUGUUUUCAUCUCUCUGAGAGUUUCAAAACUGAAGAAGUCAAAAUGCACACUGUAAUUGAUAUUUGUGUGUGCGUACAAUUAGCUUAAGGUAUUAAUAUAAAAAGUAGGUAGCUGCAUCUAAUGAUUUAUUUUUUUUGAGUAAUCUGAACCAUCUGCCUCUAGAUAUUAAGGAGUUCACUCUUUAAUCCAGAUUAUGGCUGACAAACUGGUUUUGGCAUUCACGUUUCACUAGCACUGUGCCCUUGAAGAGCUGAUGUGGCUGUAGAAACUCUCUUGCUUACAAUUGUUGGUUUUGAAAACAGCUUUGGUUUGGUUUGCUUUUCUUGUAGUUGUUUUCUUGUAGCUCCUGUUUUUUCUUGAGAAGAUGGCCUUUCUAAUGAAAAGUAUGUUGAGCAACCAGGUAAAGAAUUUGGGACUUGGAGGUGGAGGGGAAGAAAGCAAAGAAGAAAGCACUCCUUCUGAUCCGGCAGCAGCCGCAGGGAUGACCAGGGAGGAGUAUGAGGAAUAUCAAAAGCAAAUGGUUGAGGAGAAGAUGGAAAGAGAUGCAGCGUUUGCACAGAAAAAAGCAGAGCGAGCCUGUCUGAGGGUUCAUCUGAGAGAAAAGUACAGGCUCCCUAAGAGUGAAUUGGACGAGAAUCAAAUACAGAUGGCUGGAGAUGACGUGGGUUUGCCAGAAGACCUUCAGAAGAUGGUGGCAGAAGAUCAGGUGGAGGAGGAGGACAAGGACUCUAUCCUGGGACAGCUGCAGAACAUCCAGAACAUGGACAUGGAUGCCAUCAAAGAAAAGGCACAAGCCACCUUCACCGAAAUGAAACAGGCUGCUGAGCAGAAAUGUUGUGUCAUGUAGAAGAGCCCCCACUGUCCAGGGGCUGCGAGUUCGGCCCUGUCUCACAGGGGCUGCGGAGCGGGGGCAGGCAGAGGAAUGCACUUAGCUCUAUAGCAUUACAUGUAAAUAUAGACAAGCGACAGAGAGAGAGACUUUAAAACCCCGAAGGGGAGGGGUCGAAACUUACGUGCUGUGACUGCUUAGUGCGAGGUUAGAACUGAUCCUCAUUUGUUAACAUAACAUUUUUCCCCAUGGAAAAUAAAUAGCUUUGAAAAAGAUAAUAUUGGGGAAAAAAUGUGCCUUUUUCCAUUUUUUUUGAAGUGAUCAAAAUGCCAUUACAUGUGUAUUUUUUAGCGAAAUCAUGUUUCUGAUGCAUAACAUAGAGGUAACCGCUCAUUUAAUACUGCUUGCAGAAAUAAAUACGUAUAUUUCUAAUAAAAACAUGUCUGUUUCAAAAAUUUUGAAACAAACCCGGUAUUCAAACGGUGACAUUUCCUGCAAAAACUUAAAAGAAAGGUUUUGACCAUCUCUAUGCUAAAUAUAUCAGAAGGCAAAAAGUGAAGCGUAUAACUCUACAGCUUGGGACAAAAAUGCCAAUGUGUACAGGACGCAGUGGGGACUUGUAGGAAACCAAGGCCUGGUAGCUACCAGCGAAGCAUGGUCAGUCAGCAGCGCAGGCUUCUCCAGGCUGCUUUAAUUUCGCAGCCUCUCGGCCUUCAAAUGCAGUUCAAACGUCGAGUGACAGCAGUGGCCCUCUGCUCAGCUGCUACGUGUGCCAAAUUCUGGGGCUUGGGCUACCAGCAAACGACUUGCAUAGGCCAAAAUGAGCUCACCGCAUUUAUUCUAGGAGUUAUCUCCAUGUAAGGCUAAACAUAGGUCUGGCCAACCUGGAAGAUUAUGCCAGGGUAGGGCACCUAAACCCUGGGAAAAAGCUUUCACUGUGCUAAAUCCAACCGAGUCUGCGGGACAGCAGCGGUCAUCUCCACCAGGCCACCGCGGGACAGCAGCGGUCAUCUCCAGCAGCUCUGUGGAGCAGGGUCCUGCGGUUACAGCAGUGGGGGCGUCAGCCCGUCUCUGCACUCGCACAGCCAUAGUAAUUAUCACGCAUGAUAACCCACACAGAAGCUGUACAGCCCUUGCACGCGGAUGAUGUACACAGUGCUGCUCCCGAGGGGCUCAGACAUUCUAUAAAAUGAAGGACUUUGUAAGUUCUCCAAGAGCUAGUCUGUGAAUGAAAUUUGCAAAUGAAUACAUGUGGCACCUUCCUACAGGUUUUUAAGUCUCUCGCUCUCUAU